AUGGGCGGCGGCGCGGCGGACCAUGGCCAGGCCAGCGCUGCCCCUCCCAUCGAUCCGGCCGUCCUUGAGCCCCGGCGCGAGCCCCGUGCUCGUCUGCUUCCGCCGCGGCACGGCCUGCAGGAGACGGCAACGCUGCCGAUCCCCGACGAGCUCGUGGCGGAGAUCUUCCUCCGGCUGGCCCCAACCGAUCUGGUCCGCGCCUCCGCCGCCUGCGCCUCGUUCUACCGUCUCAUCGCCAGCCGCUCCUUCCUCCGUCGCUUCCGCAAGCUCCACGCCCUGCCCCUCCUCGGAUUCCUCGAUCUCUCCGGGAAAUUCUUCGGAGUGGCCCCGCCUUCUCCUUCAGCGUCCGCGGCCCGCGCCGUCGCCCUCGCCGCCGACUUCUCCUUCUCCUUCCUACCCGGCCCCGCUCGGGACUGGAAGGUCCAGGACGUCCGCGGCGGCCGCGUUCUCCUCAACAGAUCUCCCUUCGACAAUCUCUCCCUGGUGGUGUGCGACCCCCUGCACCGGCGGUACCUCCUGCUUCCCCCAAUCCCUGAAGUCGAGGGGUGGCUUCCUAGUUCAGUGGACAACCCACCACGCCACACAGGACGGCAAGCCCUCCUUGGUGACGACCAGGAGGCCAUGGAAGAGACAUCGUUCACGGUGAACUCAACUGUAUUGCGCGGAAAUAAGCAGGCCGCUUUUGUCUUCUCUUCCAGCACCGGACAAUGGCGAGCUAGUAUAUGGAACGCCGGGUUUGGUUUCUUCUUCAGGCUCUGGUACACCAAUGGCUGCUUCUAUGGGGUGACAGAAUGCAGGAAAAAGUUGCUAGCACUUGACACCCGGAGGAUGGAGUUCUCACUUUCUGACCUCCCACCCGAAGCCGGAGAUUUUUUGCAACUAGACGUAGGUCCUUUCAAACAGUGCGUGAAUAUAGCCAUUGUGGAGGCAGGGGAAGGCAUCACUGGGAUGUUUGUGCUUCCACAUCACACAUCAAACAUCAGUUAUCUAACUAGGCGAAACAAUGGUGGGAGUUCCAGCCAGUGGCAGUUGAAGAAGACAAUCCCACUGGAUUCUUCUUGGUACAUUUUCAUUAGUUCAACAGGGAGGUACUUGCUUCUACUACGAAGGAGAAGAAUAGAAGCUUUCAUGUUGGAUAUCAAAACAUUCCAACUUGAGAAGGUGUUCAGUGAUGUCGUUUCGCGGUAUGUAUAUAGAAGCUUCCCACCGUCGUUGUUUUCGUCACCGACAAUAUCAUGCGGUAAGCUUUCUGUUGUGUCCAAGUUAUGUCCUCGCCUUCAUAGGUAUCACACAGCUUUUCGGAUGCCUCGUAGUUCAUUACUGUGA